AUGGAGUACCCGGUGCAGGAGGUGAUUCCUGUUGCCAUAGUAACAGCUCACCGGCUGCCCCACGUCCUACGUCAGGUGGGGCAGGUGUGGGCCAGCCCCGGCGGCACCAACACGCCCAUCACCAUCUACGUCGACGGUCACAACCCCGAGGCGCGAGCACUGGGCGCCCUCCUCAACAUGUCCGUGGUGGAACACCACGACCCCAUCCCCAAGGGUUCGACAAACCGCAUCAGCUACCACGUCAAGUUUCUCUUAACGGACGUAUUCAAGCGCUACCCAGAGGUCGACAAGGUCAUCAUCCUGGAGGACGACCUUGACCUCGCACCAGACUUCAUACCGUUCUUCCACCAAACAGCGCCACUACUCACGUCAGACAAGAAGCUACUGUGUGUCAAUGCUUACAACUACAACGCCUUCAACCACACUGCCAUCGAUCCUACGCGUAUCUACAGAGUCCAUGGGGUUCCUGCUUAUGGGUGGAUGGUGAGGAGGGAAGUGGCCAUUGAGAUGGUCAAUAAGUGGGCUCUUAUGAAUCAGGGUGUGGACUGGGACUUGUGGGUGAGAUUUAAUAUGAUGGGUGAGCGGGACAUCCUGGUGCCUGAGAUCCCUCGUACAAAGCAUAUUGGUGGCGGAGGCGCCCAUGUCACUGGCCUAGAACAGGCACUGUACUACAAUCAGCGACCUAUCAACACAAUCAUCAAUGUCACCUUGGACGUCCAGGGGGCAACAUUGUUCAACUACCUCAGUUUCCACUAUGACGCCGUCCGCGCUGCUCAAGUGGUGCGCCUCACCCAGCACCCCUGCAAGGUCCUGCCCAUACCUCAGUACCAGGUGAACCAGAGCUACGUACUAUACGUCAACCAGUCCGACGAGUUAGUCACAACCUCCCGGGCUUACUACGUCGUCGCCAGAUGUCUGGGGCUGGACGACCACGUGUUCCACGAGAACUUCCUCCUGAUGUAUACAGCCUCAUUCUACGGCAACCAACUGUACGUCGUCGGCUGCCCCAACAGCCCCUUCUGCCUAACAAAGGAGUCAGCGGACAUCUACAACGCAACGCAGGAGGAGGUCAAGUACGCCAACAACCACCCCUUCAGGAAUGUAAACCUCAACAAGCACGUGGCGCUAAGGGCUCCUCCAAUCUCUCUCUCUGACGAGGUCAACCUCACCAACCUCCUCCACUACUACUUCAAGUCAUAACAAGUGUGUGCAGCGGGUGUUAAUGAUUCCGGUACUGCUUAUAGUUAGUAAUGAACUGAGCAAUAAA